CCAAGCAGCAUUCCACCCAGUAUCAUCAUAUCCACCAUGAGCAGCCAGAAAGUCAACGUUGCCGAAUACCUCUUCACCAGACUCCAUCAGCUUGGUGUCAAGGACCUUCAUGGAGUACCCGGAGACUUCAACCUUGUCGCUCUCGACUACGUCGAGCCCUGCGGUAUCAACUGGGUUGGCAAUUGCAACGAGUUGAAUGCAGGUGCGAUACCUCGACUCAUGGGGAUGGGAGCCUUAGUCACUACUUUUGGUGUUGGCGAGCUGUCAUGUCUGAACGCCAUCGCGGGUUCUUUUGCCGAGUUCUGUCCCGUCGUGCAUAUUGUUGGAACGCCGAAGAGGGUCGCUCAGAGGAGUGGGAUGCUCCUCCAUCACACUGUAUGUCUUGUACCCUUGCCAAAUCGCACGGACAGUCUUCUGAUCUGCAUCCCAGNNCUCGGUAACGGCGACUUCAACGUCUUUGCCGACAUGUCGAAACCGAUCACGAUCGCCCAAACCAAUCUGAUGGACCCAGCGAGGGCUCCAGCAGAGAUCGAUCGCGUACUCCAAGCGUGCUACGUCAACAGUCGACCAGUGUAUAUUCAGCUGCCGGCCGAUAUGGUUUUGGAAGAGGUGGAUGCAAAGCUAUUGGAAACUCCAAUCAUAGUUGAACCUCCACCGAGCGAUCACGAGACGGAGAAAUUGGCGGUAGAACUCAUUCUGAGGAAGCUGUACGCUGCAAAGAGACCAACACUUCUGCUCGACGCUGGUGCGCAACGCCAUCGGGUAGAGGAGUUGACAGAGCAGUUUGCCCGCAAGACUGGGCUGCCGACUUUCAUCACUCCCAUGGGCAAAGGCGUGGCCAACGAGGAGUCGCCAUUGUUCGCUGGUAUCUACAUUGGCAAGGGCUCCGAGGAGAACGUCCGGACGAGGAUUGAAGAAAGUGAUCUGGUCAUCACCAUUGGCAACGUCAAGUCGGACGUCAACAGCUUCGGCUUCUCGUAUCGCAUCAGCCGCCUUUCCUCUGUUGACCUGCAUUUUGACCACGUCGUCAUGGACUGUGCCAAAUUCGAGAAUGUGUACAUGAAGUGGUUGCUGGAACGCCUUGUCAAAGAAGUGGAUCCCUCAAAGAUGCACAUGGACAAACUCGAAACGCCUCUUCGCAAGAGCCCUCAGCUCCCCAACGGUGAGUCGGCGAAGACUCAGGACGUCACACAUGAUUGGCUGUGGCCGCGCAUUUCAUCCUGGUUGAGACCCGGAGACGUCGUCGUCACAGAGACGGGCACAUCGUUUGUUGGCAUCUGGGAAACCAGGUUUCCAUCAGGAGUACAAGCCAUCAAUCAGACGCUGUGGUCAUCGAUAGGUUAUGGUCUCGGAGCAGCUCAGGGCGCAGCUUUGGCCAUGAAGACGUCGGGCGGAGGUCGAAGAACUGUCUGCUUUGAGGGCGACGGAUCGUUCCAACUUACAGCACAAGAGCUUUCAACUAUCAUCAGGCAAGAUCUGGACUGCACCAUCUUCCUGAUUGAGAACGAUGGCUACGAGAUCGAGCGUUGGGUGCAUGGCAUGAAGGCCAAGUACAACGACAUCAGCAAAUGGCGAUACAGCAAGAUUGCAGAGGUCUUCACACCGGAGGAAGAGGCUUCACAGCAUCGAGUCAAGUCUUACAAAGUCAGCACUCGCUCAGAACUCGAGAGUCUUCUAGCAGAUGAAGACUUCUCGGCAGGGAAAGGUUUACAUCUGCACAUGCCGAAAUACAACGCACCACAAACAUUGAUCGACUUUGCCCAAAGUCUGUCGAAGAAGUCGGAGUAA